AUGGAUAUUAGUAAUUCAAAAGAGACUAAAGAAAAUGAGAAAAGUUCUGAAGAUAUAAAUAUACAGAAAACUUAUGAAAACUUGAAUAGUAAAAAUAUUGCAAAUAAUGAAAAAAACAAGAAUAAUAAAAAUAACAAUGAUGUAGAGAAAGUUAUAUCAAAUGAUGAAAAUGAAAAUUUACGAAAUGAUUUAACAGAAUCAAACAAUGAAUGUAUUCAGAUUCAGUUAAAAAAUGAUGAAGUAUAUAAUGCAAAUGAUAAAAAUAAUUCAAAAAAUAAAAAUGAAAUAGAUAAUUCAAUUAAAGAGAGUUAUUAUAAAAAUAAAAGUGAUAUAAAUAACGUUAAUAAAGAAAAUCAUUCUAAUGAAAAAGAUGAAGUAUAUAAUAUAUCGAAGUUGUGCGAACUCAAAGAAAUAUCUCAAUUAGGGGAAAAUAGAAAAAAAGUCUUAACGUAUUUUAAUGAAUUAUAUGCUGCAAAAGGACAAAGCAUAACACAUUCUUUAAUUGAAAUUUAUUAUCUAUGUAUUAAUGAUGAAAUUGUUUUAUAUAUGUUGCAAAAAUAUUUACAUAUUCAUGGAUUAUGUGUACCCUGUUAUAAGUUUGGAAGCAAUAGAAAUUCAUGUAAUCUAAAAAUAAGAUGUAAAUGGUGUCAUCAUUAUAGCCAUUUAAAUAAAAAUUCUUGUUUACAUCCAUUUAAAAUGCUACAUUUUAAAAAUAAAUGUAAAGUUUGCAAUCAUUUUAUAAAAGGAAGAUUUUGUAAUUUGUUAAAUGAAUGUCAAUUUUGCCAUUCUAUUGAUCAUUUACCAAAAAAUUUAAAGAAGAAAUAUCACGAUAUUUUAAACCAUUUAUAUAAAAAGAAAGAAUAUUCUGAUAUUAUAACAAAAGAUCUUUUAUUAAAUUUAGAUGAGGAUAAAAAAAAUGAGAAGAAUUUAGAUGCUUUCGAUAAAGAUUUAAUGUUUACUUUUGAAAAUAACAAUAUAGAUAAUAAUGAUAAUAAUAAAUCUUUUGAUACAUGCAUUGAAUGUUAUGAAAACAAUAAAAAACCAUGUAUAAAUUAUUUUCUAUAUGAUCAUGUAUGUUUAACGGACUGCAAUAAUUGUCAUAAUGAAAUACAUAAAAAAAAGAAUUCGAACUUAUAUAUUUUAAAUUAUCUACAUGAAAAUAAUUUAUGUUCUGUUUGUCCAUUGAUAAAUGAUAACAAUUGUGUUUGUGAUAAUAACAGCAUUUAUUGUCAUGAUUCUGAUCAUAUAUGUUAUGAUAUUAAGGUAAAAAAUGUUUUAGAUAAAUGUUUAGAUUCUUUAAAAAAAGAAUUUAGUGAUACAAAAGACCAAGGAAGAAGUAUAGAAAAUGAAAAUAAAGACGAAGAUAAAAAUGAAAAUGAAAACAGCAAUAGUAAGAAAGUUGAUGAAAAAAGAAAAAGAACGUCUCAUAAAGGCUAUAAUAGUAUAAGAGAAAAAACAUGGCAGAAAAAAAACCUAAAUGAAUAUAAUAAAAAAUAUUCUUAUUCACGAAAUGAAAGUUUAAAUUCACUUAGUUUAGAAAGCAAUAAUAUAUACAAAAAUAAUAAUGAUAAUUUCAUGAGUAGUGCUGAUAAAAAUAAAAAUAAAUUGGAUGAUAACUAUGAAAUAAAAGAAUAUUAUAAUGAAAAAGAAAAAAAUUUCAAUAAUAAAAAAGAAAAAAAAGAAAAUUUUUUUAACAAGCAUGAAGAUGAAAAGAAUUUUAAAAUUAACAAUAAAGAAGAAAAAAAUGAAAAAUAUAAAAAUGAUAAUAAAUACUAUGAAGAUAAUAAUACUAAAUCAAAAAAAGAGAAGAAUGAUAAAUAUUCUUCAGUAAAUUUAAAUAGUGAAAAAAAUUUCAGUAGUAAACAUUGUUCAAAUACACAUAGCAAAAGUUAUUAUGAUAAUAGUACUACAUAUAAAUUACACAAUGCAAAAAAAAAAAAAAAAAAAAAAUUAGAUAAAUUAUCGGGUGAAUGUUACGGAAAUAAAUCUGUAAAAAAAAGUAGUCAUACUUCUGUAAAUAAAGAAAAAGGCAAGGAUUCAAAAUAUAGAUAUAAAAAUUUAAUUAAUAGAGUUAAAAUUUGUAACAAAGAAGAAAUAGAAGAAAAAAAAAUGAACGAAACAAGUGUGAUAAAUGAAAAAGAUGUAACUCUUGAUAAAGAUAAGGAAAAAGAGAAAAAUUUUGAAAAUAUAUCUAUGGAAUCAGUACCAAAUAAUAUUUCUUUAAGAGAUGAAAAAAAUAAUUUUCUUUAUGAAAAAAAUAAAGAACAAAAUAAAUUUAGUAAUAAUGAAGGUUAUUAUAGUGGAAGUGGUUCAACCAACUUCGAAAAAAAUCCUUGUAAUGCAGGUGAAGAAAAAUAUUUUGAAAAAACCUUGAAUACUUACACAAAUUAUAAUAUUGUAGAUAUUCAUUUAAAUAAUAAAAGUGAUAUAUUGUUAGAUGAUUAUGAUAAUGAGGAAUGUGUGAGAGAUACAGAAAUAAAAACAAAUAAUAAAAUUAAAAUUAUUAAUGAUGUGGUGAGACAUGAAGCACCUAGACCAAAAAACGUUAUGCAUAAUUUAUUAGAUGAUAAAUAUAGAAAAAAAAAAAUGAUGCUUGGAGAAUUAACUGGUUUUUUUACAAUUGAAGAACAUAAUAAACAAAAAUGUAUUCCAUGUUCCUUUUAUUUUUCUAAUGGUUGUAACUACUCGAUAUAUUGCAGAAAUUGCCAUCAUGAAAGUCACAGAGAUCAUAAAGGUGAUCAGUGUCAUUAUAAGGUUUUACAUAAAAUGAAAAUAUGUAAACCAUGUAAUGAUUUUUUUAAAGGAAUGUGUGAACACAGAAAAUCAAAGAUUCCAAGAAAACCACAUGAAUGUGCUUAUUGUCAUGAAGAAACUCAUAGAAAAGAAGUUUUAAAAGAAAUAAAUAAGAAGGAAAAAAGAAGCUUAAGUAAUUUUUCAAAAAGUGAUAAAAUAAAAAAAAGUAAUAGUGAAAGAAGUAUGAGCAACUUCUCAAAAAUAUGCGAAUUUGAAAUUAAUGAAAAUAAAAGGAGUCUAAGUAACUAUUCAAGAAAUAGAAUUAUAAGUUGUGAAAAAGAAAAAGAUGACAAAAAAGUAUAUAAAAGUGAAUUAAAUAGUAACAAAGAAAGUACAAGAGAUUCUCAGAGGAAUUCAAAAAAUUGCAAUAUAGAAGAUAGAAGUAUUAACAGAGAAUUAAAAGAAACUAAUUCAUCCACUAACGAAAAAACAAAAGAAACAAAUGAAAUAAUAUCAGAACAUAAUAAUGAUUACAUUUCUGAAGAUGAAAUGUGGUUAGAAACAAGAAAUGUAAAUAAUGAUAAAGAAAAAUUAAAAAACAAAGGAAAAAUUGAUAUUGAAAAUAAAGAAAAAAAAUUAAAUGAUGAUGAUAAUUCAAAAAAUGAGAGAGAAAUAAAGAAAGAUGAGCAAGAAGAUUUUCUAAAAGAAGAAUCAGCAAAUGAAAAAAAAGAUUUAAUCACACGCUCAUAUUCAAAUAGUUUGUCAUCCAAUGAAAAGGAAGAUAAAGAAGAAAAUUCAAAUAAAUUGAGUUCUACAAAUGGUUUCUAUGAAAAUUCUACAGAAAAUAUAUCUGGAAAAUUUACAUCUGACAAUAUAAAAAAUGAAUUAAAUAAUUUAAAUGAUAAAAGUAAUGAAAUAAAAGAUAUUUACAAAGAGAUGGAUGAAAAAGAUUAUGAGAAGGAAGAAAAUGUAAGUCCGGAUAGAAAAGAAAAUAUAAGUAAAGAGAAGUUUGAUAAAACGGAUAAAUACCAUGAUAAAAGUAUAGAUAAAGAAGACGAAGAAGAAUUAGAUAGAUUAAGAGCAAAAAGAAUGCAAGAAAUAUAUAAGUUGCAAAGAAAACAAGGAAUUAAUUUAAAUGAUUUUAGUAAAAACUUAAGCAGACAUGAAAAAGGGGCUUGUCAUCCUUGUGUUUAUUAUUUUGUUGGUUUUUCAGGAUGUUUAAAUGGAAAAAAUUGCUUAAAUUGUCAUCAUGAAGAUCAUAGAAAUCCUCAUAGUAUAUUUCAUCCAUCUCGUUUUUUACAUAUAAAAAAAUUAUGUGUUCCUUGUUCUAGUUAUUUUAAAGGUGAAUGUACAAGACAUAUGCAUACAUGUGUUUAUUGUCAUUAUGAUUCACAUAAAAAAGAAUUUGAAGAAAGUAGUAAAACUAAAAAAGAGAUAAAUGAAAAAUAUAAAAAAGAGGAAACAGAUGAUUAUAAAGAAGAUAAGGAUAAUAAAAAAGAAAAUACCAAUGAUAUCAAUGAAAAAGAACAAAAAAAUAUAUAUGAUAAAAAUAUAGAGAAUGAUAAUAAAGAACAUAAAGAAGAAGAAGAAGAAGAAAAAAUUAAAAAUGGAGAAAUUAAAGACGAAAAAAAAGAAAAUAAGCGAGAAACAUUAGAAAAAACUGAAAUCAAUGAAGGAAAUAAAGAUGUAUUAGAUGAAAAAAAAAAAGAAUUUGUCUAUGCAAAGCAAACAGGAUAUAAAGAAAGAGAUGCACAUGAAAGGGGUGUUUGUCAUCCUUGUGCUUUUUAUUUUUCAGGAAAAAAUGGGUGCUUAAAAAAAAAUAAUUGCAUAAACUGUCAUGAUAGAGAUCAUGAAGAUAUUAACUCACCAUAUCAUCCAUCGAAAUUAUUACAUUAUAAAGGUAUAUGCUCACCGUGUCAAGAAAAUAUGAAAGGUUUAUGUAAAAGAGCUUCGUUUGAUUGUGUUCAUUGUCACAAUGAAGAACAUAUACCAGACAAUAUGAAAGAAACUGUUCAAAAAAUGAAAGAAAAAAAUAUAGAGAAAAGAAAUAAAAAAGAAAGAAAAGCCUAUUUUGACCAUAAAUACAAAUUUUUAAAUAAACAUAAAGUAAAUGCUUAUAAUAAUAAUAAUACAUCUUUCAAUAGGAGAAAUUUUUAUAAUCCUAUUGCUUACAAAAAUAAAAAAUAUUCUAUUAAAUCAAUUAGUAUAGAUAAGAAAAAUAAUUAUAAAAAAGUUAAAAAAUAUUCAUAUUUUAAAAAUUCUAGUAGUUAUGAUAAUAAAAAACAUAUUACCAAGAAUAAUAAUUACGAAUAUUCUAAAAAAUCGCAUAUUAAAGAAAAAUAUAAUGCAUAUAAUCUGUCUAUAAAUAAUAUUAAAAAUAAACAAUUAUCAAGCAGAAACUAUUACAGUAAAAAAGAUAAAGAAAAAAAAAUGAAGGAAUAUAAAGAAACGAGAAACAGUAUGAAUUACGAAAAAUCUAUUAACACGUUUAAUAAUUUUAACAAAAAAGCAACUAAUAAAUCAAACAAUAAUAAGUUUUAUAGAAAAUCAGUUGAUUUGAAUAGUAUAAAAAGUUAUGAUCAUCAUAACGAAACGAAAUUUAGAGAUAAACUAUCAUCAAAUAAUUAUGCAUAUUAUAAUAGUAAUAAAGAUAAUUAUGAUGAAAAUAAAUAUAAGCAAGGAAGUGUCAGAAAUAACUAUGAAGACAAAAAUUAUAACUUAAAAAAAAAUAAUAAAUAUGAAAAUUCAAAAAUUAAAUAUGAAGAGGAAAUAAAUUAUUACAAUGAACAAAAAAAUUAUAAUAAUGAAAAAAAUUUUGAAGACAAAGAUAACAAUAAUAAAAAAAAUUAUUAUGAAAGUAGCGGUAGCUAUUUUGAUAGAAAGAGUCAUUUUGAUAAAAAAUAUGAUUAUAGAAACAAUUCUGAUCAUAAAAAUAAACAUUAUGAUAAGAUAUAUGAUUAUAAAAAAAAUUAUUACAAUAAUGAUAAAUAUUGUGAAGGAAAAAUAAAUUAUAAUGAUGAAAAAAAAAAUUAUUAUGAUGAAAAAAAAAAUUAUUACGAUGAAAAAAAAAAUUAUUAUGAUGAAAAAAAGAGAUAUUACGAAGAUAAGAAAAAUUAUUAUAAUGAUAGAAAUGUCUAUGCUGACAGGAAAGAUUUCUGUAAUUAUAAAAAAAAUUAUGACAAAAAAGCAAGUAGAGAGGAGGAAUUAGUAUCACCAUCAAUUGUAAGAAAUAAUAGUAAUUUUUCAGAUAAAAAAGAAUUAACCAAACGAAAAUAUGACGAAGUUGAAAUGUAUAAAAAUGAUUACAAUGAUUCAUUUAAUUUUUCAAUAAAUAACAAUAAGAGAAGGAAAGAAGAUUUCUCAGAAAACACAUUAAUGAAGAGAAAUAACGAAAGGGAUUAUAAUAAAAAUAUAACAAAUGAAAAUAAAAAUAUCAAUAAAAAAUCAAUGAGAACUAAAGAAAUUUGUUAUGAUUUAGAUGGAAAUUCCUCAAAAAAAUAUGUGACUAAAUUAGAUAAAGGAUAUAAUGACAAUAAAAUAAAUUGUGAAGAACAUAAUUAUAAAAGAAAAGGCUUUCCAGUGUUAAUAAAAAAAAAAAGUAAUUCAAAAGAAUCUUUUGAUAGUUCUAACAAAAUUGCAAAUGGUGUAAGAAAUAUAGAUAAUGAUAAAUAUAGUACUUAUAAAAGAAAAUAUACAGAUCGUUAUGACGAUAGAUAUAGUGGUUUAUCAUCCACAGUAGCAAAACACAAUUCUUUCUUAAAAAAAAAUAGGAAUGAUUCUAUUGAUUUAAAUAAAUAUAAAUCUCCUAGUAUUUUAAGAGAUGAUAAUAGAAUCUCCAUGUUUUCAUCAAAAAAUAGACGUAAUUCCAUCGAAAUAAACAAUCAGAAAAUAAUUAACAAAAAUGAAAACAAUAAUACAUAUGAAAAGUACGUUGAUGAUAAAUAUAAUGAACAUAAAAAUUCACAAAAUAAAUUCAAAAAAAAUUUAAAUAAAUAUAAUACUUAUGAACAUAAUUAUAGAAAAACUUAUUUCAAAUAUAAUAAUAAGGAUAACAGUUUUUAUAAAACAAAUGAUACUACAGAUUAUAAAACUACUGUAAAACAUUAUUUUAAAGAUAGAAAUUCAAAAAAAUAUCAAGGAAAGUACAAGAACACAUGGAAAAAUAAAAGAUCAAAUGUUUAA